AUGCCGCCAUUUGCUCAUCCCAAACAGCGCGAGACCAAGCGUGUCAUGUCGCAUGGGGUGCGUGGUAAAGAGGACAACUUGUACCUCAAGUGGAGUGUGGUGAUGAAUCCAAGCGAACUCCUAAAAGAGCUUGUCAGCAACCGCGAGCAUGCUCGAACCCUCUUCCAUGGAUUGAGGCGCCAAGUCAAGUCUAUCCGCCACCGCUCGCAAUCCUACGACGAUGGCCAGGUCACAAUCUACGACCGUGUUCUGCUUCGUCUCUAUGAUGAAGGACACACUAUGCAACACUACGGUCUGCUUGAAUUCUACCUGACCGAGUAUCUGGGAACUAAGAACUGUCACUCACUGGGGGAAAACAACUCUGUCAUUGCUGCCCACUUUGCUGCCCAGCGCAUUCUCGACAAUGGCCCUAUGUCUGAAAUUCCAAUCAUUGCAACCGAUAACAUGGAAGGCAUCACCGAAGAUAUCCAGACCAGCAAGUCGUCACAAAGCUCUGGCACAUCCAAGCUACAACAUCUCGACAAGCUCAUCCAGGUAUACCAAAAGGCCAAAGCCGAUUACUACAUCCUCGAGGUCACUGAGAGCCACCGCGAGCGAACCAAUAGUGUCCGAUUUCUCCGUGACACGGCCGAGAAUCUCCUGCGAUACCUGAUGUCAGCCGACAAAGACCACGAUCUGAUUCCUGAAAUUGAGGACAUCAUUCAGGUCAGCCAGGCACAUGCAAACCAACUAGCCGGUGGUCGCAAGCGAAAAUUUGAGCACUUGGAAAACGACUCUAGGGGCAGCCCAAGCCUCAGCCCCUACAAACCCUACGGAUGCUAUGGAGACCAGCGCGGAAGACACAAUCGUCGGGACCGAUAUGUCCCUGACAGCGUCACAUGGGAUCAUAGCCACAAGGGUGGAUGGGAUAGUCGUACCCUAGACUCGUACCGUCCCUAA